AUGACACCCCGCGGGAAAGCGGAGGGCGGAAUUGUGCAACCGCCUUGGGAGAAACAACAGAAAGAACCUACCCGAAAGUUUUCCAAAGAGCAACGCCGAGAGCUCUGGCUUCGAGGAGGCGGCCCGGGACAGCCGGGACAGCCGGGACAGCCGGGACAGCCGGGACAGCCGGGACAGCCGGGACAGGGUCCGCCCGUCACCCCACCGCGGCGGGCGCCGCCGCCCGCCACGGCCCAGGACCCAAGUCCCGAGGCGGCGCCGUGGAGCCGGGCCGCGAGGCACCCCGACCGCAGGGGCGCCGGGACCCCCGUCGCCGGCCAGGGUCACAGCCCCGCAGGGCCCACGGGGUCGGCUCGCGGCCAGGACUGGAGAGGCUUCCCCGCAAGAACCGCCCCGUGCCCCGCCUCUCAGCCCCGGCCUCCCCCCAGCCCUGGCCCCCCGCGCCGCCAGCACGCCCGGAACGCUCGCACUCCGAGCUCUGGGUCCCCAGGGUCCACUGACGCCGACGCCUCAGACCGCUCCCCAACACUCACUCACAGUUCGGGGUCCCGCCGCGCGCUCACGCCACAGGUCGCCGGCACCCGGCCCAGGGAAUGCCACCGGAAGUGGCUUUCCGUUCCAGUUCAGAGGGCAGCGCCUGCGCGCCAAGCCAAGAAGGCUUCACCUUCAGGGUCAGGCGAGACUUCUCCAGUGCCGCCCCGCCCCGACAGGCCCCGCCCAGUCACAUGCAAGCCCCGCCCCGUCAAGCCCCGCCCCCACCCUCCUCGUGUCCUGACAAACCCCGGCUCAGUGAGCAUUUGGAGAAACAAUACCACAGAAGGGAACCCAAUGUCAAAAGUAAAGGUCAAUUGA